AGCAGACAGCUGCGUGCCGCACUGCCGCCUCGUAUCUAUCCGGUCUCUGGCUCUCUGCUAGAGCUAGCAAGCGACCGAGAAGAUGCCCCCUACUAUGGUGCGUCCCAGGAAAACCUCCGCUAUCGCUCUACCGGCCGGCGGCGCGCCGCUGCCCCCUACUAUGGUGCGUCCCAGGAAAACCUCCGCUAUCGCUCUACCGGCCGGCGGCGCGCCGCUGCCGGAACCGGGUCGGAGAGUCCCGUUGUCUCCCUUCGACGCCUACUGGGUCACUCUGCCCCCUGUCCGCCGCGUCUUCCUCUACCGCUCUCCGCCCAGCCUACUGCCGUUCACGGACGUUGUCGCCGCCCUCAGGUCCUCCCUUGAGCGGGUGCUCCCGGCUUUCCACCCGUUCGCCGGCGUGCUCACCAGCUCGCCGGACUCACAGGAACUGUCCAUCGUACUCCCAGAUGGGGAGGGCGCCUGCAGCGUCGCGCUAAUCGAGGCCGAGACGGACCUCGAGUUCGACAGGCUCGUCGAGGAGUACGACGAGGAGGCGCUUCGGCAGCUUGCUCCGGACAUCCGCCGGGACGAGCUCCCGGCGCCCGUGAUGGCGGCGCAGGUUGCUCCGAAGCAAGAUGCCGCGCGGGAACGCGAGCGCUGUCUCAGCCGGCGGACUUUCACGUUCGCCGCGUCUGCGGUUCAGCGCCUCAAGCAGCGUCUGGCCGGCGCCGUGAACACGUGCAUGCCACCGUCAACAUUCGCGGCGAUGGCGGCGCAUGGGUGGGUGUCCAUCGCGCGGGCCAGGGGCUUCACCGACAACGCCCUGGUUUUCGCCGUCUUUCUCGCCGACUGUCGGGCACAUAUGUCGCCGCCGGUGCCGGGCGCAUACGUCGGCAACUGCCUCGCGCUCUGCACGGCCUCUCUGAGUGGGUGGCAGCUCGCGGGACCGGAUGGGCCGCCCAUGGCGCUCCUGGCCAUACAGGAGGCCGUCGCGGAGGUGAAGCGUGACCCGCUCGGCGACCGCGUCCGGUGGUGCACCAAGUUUGCGGCCAUCCCGCCGGGCCGCGCGGUCAUUCUGGCAGGGUCGCCGUGGUUCCCCGCGUACGGAGUGGACUUUGGGUUGGGGAGGCCGGCGAGGGUGGAGCUGGCUUCCAUGAACCACGACGGUGAGAUGGUGCUCGUCGCCGGGAGGGAGCGCGGCUCGGUGCAGGCGUCAGUGGCCAUUGCUGCGGACAAGAUGACGGUGUUUCGUGGUAUGUUUGAAUUGGAGUGUGACCGUGCGUCGGCCAUGCCAGUGUCUGAAUCGGAGUAGUAGUUCCUAUGUAAAGCUGUAGCUCGAUCAUGUACAUUUCAGUGUUCCACAGCGGUGGCUUUCAAUAAAAGGAUUAAUGGUUUUU